UUUAAGUUUUAGAAAUCAGCACUUUACAUGCAAUUAAAAACAACUAAAGAGUUCCGAACUGAUUUGUUUACAUUGGAGAAUGGAUGACCAAGUAGUUUUAUAUUUAAUGCCACAUAAGAUUCAAAAGAAGCGAUAUGAUGACAUGAAAAAAGCUGCAAAAUGCAGAAAAUUUACUAUAGUUGAUGACUUCAGCCCUGAAGUAACACAUAUAGUAACUGAAUUUGAGACAAGAGAACAAGCAAUGAGACACAUUGGUUUAAACACUGCAGAGGAAAAUAAUGAAGAAUCACUGGAAUUUUUGAAGAUUUCUUGGUUUACAGAAUCUAUAAAGGCUAGAAAACCAGUUGAAAUUCAGGACGGUCAUCGUCUUUUAGGAAAUACACAAGAAGAAGUACAUGCAGAAGAAAGUGAUGGGGCAUCAGAACCUAGAUUUCCUGAGUGGGCAUGUCAGAGAUCAACACCAUUGAAACAUCAAAAUGAUUUUCUAGCUACACAAUUAGAGAUUCUUCAAAAAUAUGCAGAAAUGAAGGAUGAAAACCAUGAUUAUUCUAGAGCACUGGCUUUUCGUAGAGCCUCCUGUGUAGUUAAAAGUUUUCCUGUUACUGUGACCAAUGUUAAUCAACUAAACGGGAUAAACCAUGUUGGUCCACAUAGUAAGAGGGUUAUUGGGGAAUUACUGGAUGGGUAUUGUGAUGAGAUCAAUCGUAUAGUAAAUGAAGAAUGGUUUGAAAAAAUGAAGCUUUUCACUGGUGUUUUUGGAGUCGGACCUUCCACAGCUAAGAAAUGGAUAGAGAGAGGUUGGACAUCCAUUAAAGAUGCACAAGAGAGUACAGAUAUAUCCAAAGAUUGGAGGGUACAGUGGGGUCUAGCAUUUCAUGAUGACUUGAUGAACCAAGUGAAAUCCAAUGAAGCCUUUCGAUUCACAGAAAUUAUCCAAACAGAGGCAGAGAAAAUACUACCUGGAAUAGUAGUACAAUUGACAGGAGGCUUUAGAAGAGGUAAACAUCAGGGCCAUGAUAUAGAUAUUCUGUUCACCCAUCCACAGGGAGAAGAAACGGGAUUCUUACCAAAACUGCUAACAAGACUUGAAAAACUAAACCUGGUUUUAUGUGGUUCUCACGAAUCAUCCUCAUUUCAUGAAAAGGUUUUGUAUGAGGAUUUUAAAUUAACUGCAAGAGGACAAUUAGACCAUUUUGAAAAAUGGUUAGGAAUUUGUAAGCUCCCUAAAGAUUUGGUCUCUUGUGAUGAUACUCAAAUUCCUUUAACAAAUGGACAAGAAAAAUGUAAUGAAACAAAAGUAGACACAAAUAGUUUAGAUGACUAUGAGCCAAAAGCAAAAAAGCAAAGAAAGUGCCAUGGAGAAAAUACUCCUUUCACAAUAGCUACAAGUGAAAGGGACUGGAUAGCUCGUCGUGUAGACUUUAUUAUGUCCCCUUACAGUCAAUAUUAUUAUGCUUUGGUUGGAUGGACAGGCAGCAAACAGUUCAAUCGGGACCUCAGAUUGUAUUCUCAAAAGGUAUUAAACAGGAAGUUAACAAGCCAUGGAUUCUAUGACUUUACAACAGGCAAAACUUUACCAGCAAAUAGUGAAACAGAGGUUUUUGAUAACUUGAAUCUUCAGUAUCAACAUCCCAAAAACAGAAAUUGUUGACAAGUCAACGACUGUUUGUACAGAUCCAAGAUUGUGCCAUAAAGACAAUGAAAUAAGAUAUUCACAAAAAAAACAGAAAUCUUAAAAUAAAAUCCAGCAUAUAUAUAUAAUCAAAUGAAUCACAGAUUUAUGAUAAUUUUUUGAAUAUCAAAAUGCAUUAGGCCGAAAUAAAUAAAACAUGUGUUUCCACUAACCCUACCUACUCUUAUUUUUAAGGGCCUACACAAACUCUUUUAAGCCAUUUUAGAACAAGCACUGUAAAAGUCAGACAGAUUCCAUAGUAGUAACCAACUAAAUAAUGUUUGUGAAAUAAAAUGAUGUGUCUACUUGCACACCAAAUUUUUUCCUGCACUUUAGCAUGUAUUAUUUUUUUUGGCCUUACUUUUCUACAGUUGUCAUUGCAUCAUGAUAAGGUGGGUGUGUCAGAUUGUAGGUCCUAUCCCAAGUGUGGUCAGCAGCAGACGGUCAUUCAUUCAGAGGGUCAGUAGAGUGCUGUCUUGAAUAUGAAAGAAUUAACAUUUGGAAGUUCAACAAUAAUCAUCCAUUCAAUAGUCAAUCUUGUUGAAAAAAGAAGCAUCUUUUGGUCAGGUUGUUGUCUCUUUGACAUAAUCCCUAUUUCCAUUUUUAUUUUUUUUUGUCAUAAAGUUUUCCAUUGAUUUAUAGUUCUUAUUUGUAUAUUAAAUGAAAAAUACUGAUAAGGUAGAAGAUACACACCAAAUAUGAUAUGAAAAUUAUUCUAUAAAGUAUUGCACAAUUAAUAACAGGAAAUCUUCAAUUGCAUAGUAUUGCACUAUAACACAGUAUUGCCCAUAAGCAAGAAAUCUUAUAUUGCACAGUAUUUGCAAAAGCAAGAAAUAUUCUAUAGAAAAUAAAUAGAAAUAUUUCAACCCAUUUCAAAUUUUUAAGAUCUUUCACCAUAUUCAUUUUGUGUCAGAAGCCUAUAUUAUGUCAAACAUUUGAUCACAAUCCAAAUUCAGACAGUAUCAAGCUUGAAUAUUGUGUCCAAACUUGCACCAACUGUUCAGUGUUCAACUAAUAUGGUUGAAUCAGUCUGCACUCAGCAAAGCAUUUUAUUAUAAUUUAUAAUUUAAAACUUUUAACGAUUGAAACCCCCUUCAAUUUUUAUGAUUGAUUUUAUAGUUGAAACAAAUUUUAAAUGAUUUAUGGCGAAUUAAUGUGUAACUGUGAUAUAAAUUUGAUAAUGAAUUUCAUAACCAAAAUAUUGUCAAUUAAAUAUAUUUUAAAAAUAUUCAACAUGCAUUUUCAACUAAAACAUUUGAUUUGUCAUAUUUUAACAUUAGUAAGAAAUUUAAGGCUGAUAACAUUUUAUGUAUCAUGUUUAAAUUCCUUUUAUAAUCUAUGUAUAUAUACAAAUGAUUAUGCAGUUGCUACAUAAUUCUUGCUCAUUUGAGUAACUUGUUCUAUUGGUGGGGUUUUGAUCCUGAUAUGACACACUAAUACUUUGAAAAUGUUAUAUGUUUAUCCUUCAUAAUUCAUAAGUAUGGUUCAAUGGAAUAGAUGUCAACUGUUUUUCUGAUGGAUUUAUAAGAAAUUGACAAGGCAAGAAUUUGGACUUAUGAAGUUGAAUCAGUUUAAAAAUGCAAUUUUGUAUUUUAGUUAUUUGUCAUGUUAUUAGUUAUUGUUAGUUUUAGAAAUAAAAUAUAUUUAUUUAGAA